AUGUCCUGUUCGCUCACUGACACUUCUGUCUCUGUCCUGCUAAUCAUUUUCUCGUGUAGUUUCACUCUAAACGGUUCGCUUAUUCUCUCAACAGGAGCAUCUUUCCGCCUGGGAGAGAACCCGCAUCUUGAUCUCACCAAGAUGGCACAGAAGUACGGAGACGUGUUCAGCCUGAUGCUUGGAAACCGCUUGGUGGUGGUACUCAACGGAGUCGAUGCUAUACAAGAGGCCAUGGUAAAGCAUUCCAAAGCCCUUGCUGGCAGACCACAGCUGCACACCUUUAAACUUGCCAAUCCUGGGGGAAACAGUCUUACCCUCACUGAUUACUCACCCCAAUGGCGACUAUCUCGCAAGAUCAGCGUCGCUGCGAUCCAGAACUUUGCCAAGAAUACAGACGCCUUGGAAGAGAAACUGCUGCAGGAAUCUCAACGAAUGGUCCACUGCUUCAAGCUACAGAAAGAUAAACCCGUUGAUGCUCUUAUAACUCUGAAGUUGGCCACGGCUAACAUCAUACUUGGUGCGCUAUUCAGCAUCAAUGGCUCCUACGACGACGAAGGCCUUCGUGGACUUCUCCAGCUGGCAGACGGCUACAGUGAUGCUGUGAACGGUAGCAGCCAUGUUGAUUUCUUGCCGCUCCUGAAGUACCUGCCCAAUAAAGCGCUCUCAAAGCUUGAAUUUUUAUUGAAGGCCUUUAACGAUGUCACCACCAAGAUGUUUUUGGAAAACAAGCAAACCUACACUGAAGGGCAGGUUCGCAACAUCGCAGAUAGCUUCAUCAGCGUUGUCGAGAAAGAAACCAUGAAAGAGACGGAGAAUCGUCCUGCUGGAGAGGAUACCCUUAAUAUGGCUCCUCUGCUAAGCGAUGAACAGAUUGUUGUAGCCAUGAUGGAUCUCUUUGGCGCUGGCUUUGAAACAACUUCCGCCACCAUAUACUGGGGUCUAGCUUACCUCAUGAAAUAUCCCGACAUCCAACGCCAGCUGCACGAAGAGUUGGAUCACGUGAUCGAUCGACAACGACUUCCGACCCUGGCAGACAUAACUUCACUUCCUUUGCUACAAGCCACAGUCUACGAGCUACUGAGGGUUACAAGCCUCGCUCCUCUCUCCGUCCCUCGCUCCACGACCACCGAGACCAAAAUUCGGGACUUCACAAUCCCUAAAGACACCAUGGUUUUCGUUAACUUGUGGUCGGUACAUCGUGAUCCAACAACUUGGAAUGACCCGGAUGUUUUCAACCCAAGGCGUUUCUUGAAUGGAGCUGGUGAGGUGCUCGAUCCCAAGUCCCUAGGAGGAUUCCUACCAUUUUCCAUGGGCCGUCGAAAGUGUCCCGGUGAACCUCUGGCUUUGAAAUCACUUUCUGUGUUCCUUGCAGCACUGCUCCACAGCUUUCGAUUUUCGCAGGAAGGAUUGCCAGCCGAGUAUCAAGGCGUUGAUCUACAGGGAAAAUGCGGCCUUACUUUGGCGCCAAAACCUUUUUAUGUUCGAAUCGAGGAACGGCUAUAAGAACACAAAAAUGACUGAUCAGAAAUGAUCCAAAUAAUAUAUCGAUCGCAUAGGUGGAACAAUGUCGAGUCAUCCCAAUGGGAUUAAUUUCUUUUGGCAAAGAGCAGUGUAGAAAAUGUUUAGUAAGUUGAGCUAUUAUGAGACUCGAACUUUACCGAGCUUUACAAAUAAGAAUUGUGACUUGAUUAUUAGACUCUGUAUUUAUCCUCAGUGCUAUCGAAUAAUAAAAAGCAAUUUGCGUAUGAAAUUGAUUUUGUGCACUGUGUAAUCAGUUCAAAAUUUUUAUAGCUAAUAAAACACUUUAUCACAUAUAUAUUUUUUUCACGCAAUGAAGCAAAUCUUACGAUCGAAGUGUAGAAUGCUCGACUUAAGUAGGCAGAGGAUACUAGAAAACUGGAAUUAAUCUUUUAAGUGUAAAUCAAACUGUAAACAAAUUUGAAUUGAUUAAAAGUUACUUUGUCAUAACAACUUGA